AGACAAUAAGAUAUAAAUGAGUAAAUUAUAUUAACCUAUGGUUAUUCAUUCUCAUAGAGUCAUUUAGAAUAAUAAAAAUUGUACAAUUAAAAGUCCUAAAUUUAAAAGAAGUUGUUUUCAUAUGGAUAAUGGAUAAAUUAGUUUAAAAUAUUAACAUUAUUUAAAAAAAGGAGGUCAAUAUACAAUAUAACAAUAAUCAUAGGAGACAAAACCUUGGCACCCUCAUAUUAAAAUAAAAAGAAAACAGCAUAUUUAAAUCUUACUUGAGUCAAAAUAAAGUUAAGAUUCUUAACCAAUUCAGGGUAAGACUUGCUUUUAACCAAUAAGCGAUUUAAGUGGAUGGCAAACUUAAGAAGAUCCUUAAAUAGAAAUACAAUGA